ACUUAGUAAGCCUAAAACAAAAUUUAUAAUGACUGGAAUAAUUUUCAAUAAUGUGACAAGUCUCUCGUUGGGCUUAUUACGCGGCAUGGAGAAAACUAGUAUUAUGGAAAUUUUAUCAUGGGGUGAAGAUGAUUUGCCAUCAGAAGCGAUUAAGCGUGGUACUACUUACAUUUUGAUGUCUACUUUAUUUGGGGCGUAUUUACUUAAAAGAGACGAAAGUGAAGACGAAGAAUUAAUCAUUCCAAAUUUAGAAAAUAAUAACAACGAUAGUAAAAAUACCGCCAUAAUAAUACCAUCAUCAUCACUGGAGAAUGUGACAGUAGUUGAUGAAAGAACACCAUUGAUUUAUAAUGAUAGCUCGGAAAGAUCAUCAUUAAAAAAUAUAGUUCCUAGAAUAAUAUCGCAGGACUCAAUAAUACGAAUAAUUUUAAAUAAAAUCAACGAAAUCAUGAACCCACCUUUAUAUGCGGCUUUAAUCGCACUAUUAGUUGGAAUAACACCACCAAUUAAAGCUUUAUUUUUUGGUGACGAUGCGCCAUUUUAUCUAACAAUAACACAUACAAUGGAAUAUUUGG